AUGGCUCAACCUGAGAUCACACAAACGGCCGCCGACAACUUGAAGCCAAAGGCACAAUGGCAAGACUCAGAGGUGGAUAUCCUCCUUCAACAUUUCAUCUGGAAUCACGCAGCGAUUGGCGAUGGUGGGAACUUCUCAGGGCCUACCUUCAACAGCGCAGCUACUGCUAUCAAUUCCGACGAGACAAUUCAAACAAUGGGCCCACCAAAGACGGGCAAUAUGGUUAAGACCAAAUGGACCGCACUCAAAAAAUAUUCAAUCAAAUCGAGGCCUAUCGCAAUGUAUCCGGCUUUCAUUGGGACAAUGUGCGGGGUGCCGGGAUUGAGGGCCCUGCUGCUGACAGCGUUUGGAAUACAUAUGUUGCUCCAAGGUCACGAUCUGCAAUGCGCCCCUUUCGCAACAAAGGGUGGCCGCUAUAUGAUGAUAUGUAUACCAUCUUGGGAGAAAACAGCGGUGCUCGUGGAAGGCGUGCCUUCCACCCCCGCUACCGCAGCCCCUGCCUCCAUUGAUGUUGAUAUAGAUGAUGUGCUUGAUGGGGGGCUUGCCCUUCUUGACGUAGACGGGGGAAGCACGUCUGCUGGAGCCGCUGGCCCUAGCGAUGUGCCGGACAUGAGCGCCGACCUGAUGAUGCCACCUCAGAGCGCCCUGUUCCUUGCAACCUCCACCACUACUGGCUCCCAGUCCAGCAAACGUGUGCGCACCAACACUUUGCUCAAUUCCAUGGAGACAUCAUCUUACAAUUCCAGUGGCACCCCCAUGUCCAGCUAUGCCAACAGUCCCCAGUCAUCAUCUCUCCCCCUUUCGUCAACAUUGGUGCCAUCGUCCCAGCCAUCGUCCCAGCCACCAGCCUUGAAGAAGGCUCGAGUGUCGAUGCAUGGUAGCUCGCAGACGGGGGUGAGCAGCACUGCUAAAGUCGCUGCCAAGAUCACACCAGUGGCCACCGUCAUGAACAUGCAAGGCACUAUCAAUCGCCUCACUGACGUUAUCGAGAGGAAUAUGAUGGCUCCAUCUGACCUACCUGUUGUUGUUGUGCCAACCAUGAUAUCCCAUGGCCUGUCGAUUUUGCGUGGUGCAGAUGGAGAUCUGCCUGUUUCUCAGAGAGCCAACCUCUGUUAA